AUGGCUGUUAGUCCUCAGAAUGAAGGUGGUCGUGUGGACAAGUUUAUGGCAAAACGUGAAAUGGAUGUCUCGAAAUGUUGCUUUGUGCCUCUCUUUUCCAACAUGCUCAUUUGGCUUCUUGUUAUUGUCUUUGCGCCUGUAUGGAUUAUCUGGAACAUCCAGGGCCGCGUCGUAUAUUUCCUGUCUCGACCUUCUGCCAUCACAACAGAAAUGAAAUUCAAGGACAAAAUCAUGUUUCCGAAAGUCACGAUAUGCAACCAAAACAUGUUUAGAUCUAGUAAAGUGUACAACGAGACGAUCGGACCGCGGACGUCUGCCUCGCUGUACGAAACAACAGACCGGUACCUGCAGGUCGUACAAGACAACACUGCGAGACAGAACGUCAGUGAGAAAUAUCUAGAACUUCUAUCAGAUAAGAACGUCGAGGAGUUCUACAGACGAGUGGCUCAUCAAAAGAACACAGGCAAAGAUGGCGGAUUGGACCUGAUGCUGUUUGUAGAGCAGUAUGACUACAUGCGGGGUGAUCAGACUUCAGCCGGGGCACUUGUCGUUAUCACUGCCCACAGCGAAACCGAGGCUUUAGCAAAGGAACAGGGGAUUGGGGUGAAAGUUGGUCAUUCUAUUUCUGUUGGUCUUCAAAAAAGUGAGGUCAUAAAACUACCCCACCCUCAUGGCUCAUGUGGAACUGCAGAACUGGACAACUACCCACCAGACGUCCCCUACACCUACCAGAAGUGUCAGCUCAACUGUCUGACGUCAUUCAUCAAGAGGAAGUGUGGCUGUUUCAGCGUAUAUAUGCCUGGAAAGGGCACGGCGUACUGCACCUUACUUGAAGACCUGCAAUGCGUGAGACCAAAUGAAGAGUUGUUCUACAUAAGUAACCAAAUCAGGACGUGUGACUGCCGCAUUCCAUGUCAUUCUGCCAGCUACAUGGUCUCGCUCUCUCUCGUCCAGUUCUCUGACUCAUUCAAACGAAGCCUCGCCUUGUACAACAGUCUGGUUCACACCACUACAGUCGAGACUGCACUGAAGAUCCAAGUCUGGGGUCUGCUGAACACAGUCAACUCCAGUAUAACAGAGAGCCUGGCAGACAUGGGUCUUAUGCUGAUAGAAUAUAAAAACCGAUGGAACAGAUUGUCUUCCAUCAUUCAUUCUCAUGUGGAAGAAGUGAAAUACUUGAUGGACUUUGUUUCCGAACACAACUUAAAGAGUCACGUUGUGGCAGAAUUACAAUCAGAACAGGAAGCUGACACUACGUGGAAACGUCUUCAGCUUGCUGUAGUUAAGAUUCAUAAAUCGGUGGUAUUUUGUGACGAACUUCUUUCUAUAUAUAAUCAUUUGGAGUUGAAGAGCCUUGACUACGCCAUGGCUGUGUCUGGUUUGAGAAAUGCAUUAAAGAAAAAAAAACAGGCUGGCUAA